GAAGGAGAUCACACGGAAGGGCAGCCAUUUAGGCUGCCUCCGCGUGUGAGAGAUGAGCAAUAGACCACCCACUGACUUCUGCGUGGGCCUGGUGAUCGGUCCCGCCGGCGGCGCGCGCAACACGUACCUGAAGGAAAUGUUUGAGUACAAGUGGCGCCGGCCGCACAACUGGGGCGCCGACGAGCCCGUCAUUUCCGCGCUGGCGCGAUUAGAACGGGGCGCGGCGGACGAGGAGGAGAAGGCGGUCCGGGCCACGCGGCGCCUCGCGGCCUGCGGUCUGAGCUCCGUACCGAGUUGGAUGAGACCGUAUGACUGCCUGUCCAACGGCGAGGCCGCCCGCGCGGACGUCGCCGCAGCAAUCGCAACACACGAGAGCAAUAAAAAUCGGUUCUGCGUGGUGAACGACUUCGCCUGCGUCGUGAAUCGCGACGCCGCCAUGAGCAUGGCCUGCGCAAUCGGCAAAUAUGCGCGACGGGAGCGCCUGACGGGACUCGUCCUGGCCACGGCGCAUGAGGACUGCUGCGCGUAUCUCCAGCCGGACUGGAUACUGGAUAGUGCGACGGGAGCAAUGACGCGGCGGCCCGGCCCGGCGCGGAGCCCCGUGGUCACCUGGGAGUGCGACUGGAGCGGCUGCCCGAUGAGCACGAACUGGAAGACGCCGCCGCCGGCCGAACGGCGCGGGACGCGCAACACCGACCUCGUGCGCGAGAUCUCGAACACCUACGACGUCAGCCCCGAGGCCAUCGAGAGGAUCGUCCUCGGCGACGGCGCGCUGCCCGACGCGGUCGCGACGAAUGUGACGAUGGGCCGCGUCGCAGAACUCGCGAGCCAGGCGUUUGACUUCGUGGCGUGCAGUGUCAUCAGAGAGGUUGCCUUCAGCUACCGAUGCGGUCGACACUCACCGCUCGAUAACGACACAGGACUUCUAUGGUGAAUCGACGUUCGUGCCGCCCGACUUCCCGCGAAAGAGCCUCGCCCAGGACUGGGAUAUCGGAGUCGUCCAUGGCCCGAGCGGCUCCGGCAAGACGACGGUGCUCCGGCAGCUGUUCGGCGGCGCCGAGGGUAAGGUCGCCACGGCCGCGCCGGAUUGGAACACUACGCACGUCGUUUCAGCGGCGUUCAAGAAAAAGUUCGGCGCGGGCGACGCCUCCGCACGCCUCGACGCGUGCGCACUGUCGGCGGAGGAGCGCGCCAUGCGGUUCUCGGAGCUCUCCGCGUGCGCCCGGGCGCGCGCUCAAGUCGCUUGGCUGUUGGCGGAAGACGCGGUGCUCGACGAGUUCACGUCUCUCGCGCCACGACCGCUGGCGUGGGACGUGGCGAGGGGAGUUUCAGGGUACGUGCGACAACACGCUUUGAAGCGCGUCGUCGUGGCCUCUGUUCACGAGGACGUCGUAGCGCACCUUCGGCCGAGCUGGCUGUUCCCGACCGCCGUCGCGACCUCGUGCUGGCACGACGAUGGAAAGAAGCCCAAGCCGACGGGCGAAGUUCGCUACGGCUGCCUCGUGAUGCUGAAUAGCGAUCGUAUCGCGGCGGCCGCGCCGCCGCGCCGCAAUCCCAACCUCUACGAGCCGCCCCGGGUGACGCUCCAGAUGCGACGGGCGCCGUACUAUCACUACGCGCCGUUCGAGAAGCACCACUACCUCUGCGGCGGCGUCCAGGACGGGGCCUGGUGCUUCGAGGUGACUUUGCACGGGCGGCCCGUCGGCUUCCACGCGGUGCAGUCCGCGUUCGGCGAAGUUGGUGCCGGCGAGGGCACGACGGGUGCGAGCCGCGAACACCGCGUCGUAAUCCUGCCGGACUUCCAGGGCAUCGGGCUCGGCUGGCAGAUGUCCGAAGUCGUGGCGGCGAGACAUGCGGAGAUGGGCCGACGCUUCAUGAGCAUCACCAUGCACCACACGUUCGGCGGGGGGCGCGACCGAUCGGAGCGGUGGCGUCCCAAGCCGAAAAAUCACGCCGCGGACAAGUACGAGGCCUCGCACGACACGAGCCAUCGUGCGCUACAGGCGGCUGGGACGUGGGCGCCGACGCCGCGCGAUCGCCUCCGGCCCAGCUAUCGUCAUGAAUAUGUUGCAGAAGGCGCCGCGCGCGAGGCUUUCCUCCGGGCCCUGUCGACGAACAUCCCGAAGCACAAGUGUAAAGGAGAAGGCUGCUCGCACUGCUGGAGCAACCGCGACAUGGUGUGCCGCCGCAUCAAGUGCCUGGACUCGAAGGGGAAAAAGCUGCCCAAAAAGGACCUGGAGGGCACGCCCUGGGGCACCCCGCCCGCGCGGCCGCUGGGCGUGGCGGCGCCGCCGACGGUCGACGUGUCCAAGCGCCGCGAAUCACCGGCGCUGACGAAACGGCUCGAGAAGGUCGAGGUCGUCGGCGGGCGCGGGCCCAAGCGCCAGGCGGCCCAGCCGAAGGGGUCCACGAAGGCGAAGAAGGUCGCGGAAAAGGCGCGGGCGCGCGACACGGGAGGUCGCGACUGGGCCUAUGACAGGCGGAAGAAAGCCUGGAUCGUGUGCGCGGCGGACGCGGCUGAUUUCACCCUAGACCAUGAGGCGGUCGGCGACGAGGUUCGCUGCGAUGUUCAUGGAGAAGCGUUGGACGGGGAGGUCCUGGGCGUCGCCGAGGGUCCGCCGUGGCGCUGCCGCAUUAGAUACGAGAGCGGUCUCCAGGAGGAUCUAGACGAGAAGCAGUUUGGGAUGGCGCGCAGGGCACACACCACGUGGCAGAACAAGCUCGCAAAAGGGGCCAAGCCGCCGCGCGCCGCGCCGAAGCGCAAGGCGCCCGCGAAGCCGGCCGCGAAGCGCCGCAAGCCGCGGUACGAGGACGACGACGACGAGGCUUUUACGGCGCCGGCGCCGGCGCGUACCGGUACCGGCGGGCGAAGGUCCGCGCGGGCCACGGCGACGAGGGGGAGCAUGCGCGAGGCCUCCGACGACGAGGACUUCGAAUUGGUCGAUGUUGACGAACCCGCGCCCGCGCCCGCGCCGCCGCCGCCAAAACGGGCGCGGACAGCGCCCCAGCAAGAGUUCAAGAAGGGUGACCGAGUCGACGCCAAGUUCGGGUACCGGUGGUACCGGGCCACGGUCGACGAGGUGAUCCGCGACGCCGCGGGAAAGAUCACGAAGUACGAGAUCCGCUGGCCGUCGAACGACGACUGCAACCGCAUCGCGCGCGGGAACGUUCGCGCGCCCGUCGAUGGGACCGAGGAGGGGUAAGACGAUUCUUAGGCACGCGUGGA